AUGAAUACCCCUUUCCAUCAUGACACAUUACAGCCAGGUGUGCCCUUGGGAAGCACACAGACUCCAUCCUCCAGACCAGCACCCUCAUCCAGAAACUUAAACACCUCAAAGAGAGUUUGCUUUUAUAAAAGUGGUGACCCACAGUUUACUGGUCAAUGGAUGGUACUUAACAAUCGUACUUUUAAGACAUUUGAUGCCUUGCUGGAUGCUCUUUCCAAGAAAGUGCCUCUGCCAUUUGGAGUACGGACCAUAACAACACCCAAGGGUAGACACACCAUCUGGAACUUAGGUGACCUGCAAAAUGGGGGUUCUUAUGUAUGCUCAGACAAAAAAAAGAUCAAGCCCCUAAACCUGGAUGAGGUGAACCGGAGACAGGUUCCUUGGAACACCACCAGAACUACUAGUGCAGGACGUCUGGGACGCAGAAGACUGAUCCAGCAGCUGGCAGGUAAAACCGGAGAGGUCAAGACAGCAAAAAUGGCUGAAAAUGCUAAGGCAGUGUGGACACCAAAAAGACUGGUGGUUUUUAAAAAUAGGGACCCCAACACUAAGAGCAUAGUUGUUUUGCAAAGGAGGACUGCUCCCACUUUCCAGGCCCUGUUGGAUUACCUUUCACAAGUUAUGCAGUUCCCAGUGGUAAAGCUAUAUACACCUGAUGGCAGAAGAGUUGAAGGUCUACCUGCCCUGAUCCUAUGCUCUGGCAUUGUGGUAGCAGCUGGUAAUGAACCCUUUAGGCCAGGUAACUUUAAACUUAAGGCAUCUCUUUUAACUUCACAAUCAGCAUCAUCUGAAUCUAUGCUGCAAGCAAAGACACAGCCACAGCAAAAAGCUGCAAAAAAGUCAGUUAAAAGUAAACCAAGAUCAAAGCAUUUCUCUUUAUCUUCAGAAAGAUACAUUGUAGAUCAGAUCACUGAGUCGCUGAAUAAGUGUUUUUUAAAGGACAAUGAACAGAAAACAGGAUCAUUGGAGACGAUGAAUAACCAACUGUUAGAAUCUGAUGAGAUAGAGCCAUGCAACUCUAUGUCUGGUACAGAACAAAAGGAUGAGUUUAUCAUGCCCACAGAUGAUGAGAUUGAGAAAUCCUUCCGUGUGAAUCAAGAUGGCAGCAUGACAGUGGAGAUGAAGGUUCAUCUUGCUAUAAAGCAGGAGGAAUUGAUUCAAUGGACCACUACAGUGAGCCGGACCUGUGUUAAUAGCCAGCAGAUGGCAGUGUGCUUACCACCGGUCUCAGGCUACAACUCCCCAGAAAGCAACAACAGCUAUAGCAACCAAACAGCAGAGGCGAAAAAAGACAACUGUAAAUCACAAGAAAAUAGUGCAGCCAUCAAUCAAUCAAUCAGAUUAAGUGUAAAUGGAGAUAACCACAGUAAAAUUGCCUCUUCUGGGGCACUGGAAAAACCAAAACUAUGUUCCAGGAGACCUACUCCAGGACCUAGAUGUGUCAGAAGAAAAGAAACAUCAGCGGAGAAUAUAAAAAGGCCAUCCCAAACUGAGGUCCAGGAGAGCACAGUCGGUACAUAUUCAUACAUAGAGUGCACAACUGAAGGGGAGGUAAUGGAAGGGUACUGUGUGGUCAGUCAUAGUAGUUCCAGCAGUACAACACCUGUUCCAAAACCUAGAAGGAACAGCUCAAAAACAGCAUCCACCCACAAGAAUGGCAUUGCAGAGGUUCAUUUGCAAAACAAUGGGACAGGGAUGACAUAUUCAUAUGAAAACGAUUUCCCACAAUCUGCUAGCUCUGGUGCACAGAAUGCUAGCAAAAAUGAACUUCUUUCAUUGUCUUCUAGCCAGUCUAGUCAGUCACAAAAAAGACACACAGACAUCAAAACACAAGCAAGGUCCAAAUCCUCAGACGAAGGCAUAGAGAACACAGUCUUAUCCAUUAAAAAACAGAAAACAGAAUCCACACAAAAAUCUACAAAAUCAAAGAAAGGUGUUUUUGCAGAACCCAGUGCAACAGACAAAAAGCAAAAGAACGGUAUUCAAGAUUCUUUAAAAGACCUAAGAACGAGUAGAUUACCAGAGUCACGGAGCAAUACAGGGUCAGAGAAAAAGACAUGUCGCUUAGCCAAAAGUGACAAACAUGACCAGAACACUGUGAAAAACAAAAAAGAGCAAUCAGAACAGAAAGAAAAUAGUGAGACAAUAAGAGACUUGUCUCAAAAUGUAGACUUUCUCUAUAUUGACACACUUAUACCUCACUCUAGGAAAGAAAAUGGCACGUUGCCACAACUUCCUCAAGCACCAUUCAAGAAUCUGACAAAGCAAAAGUCUUUGAAUGACAAAAUCAAAUCUCCUAAAGAGAGCAGAGAGUUAAGCGAAAGUAUUUCUAUGCCAGUGAUCCAUUCAACUUCCUCUGAUGUGCAUCAGUAUGUGAAAAACUGGCUAGAAAAUAUUCAGCCGGAGUCAGUGCCCUACAUGGAUGAGAUGGACCUGCACAAGACUGAGAGUGAACCCAGAGCAAAGUUCCAGAUCGGAAGUGACUUCUCAGACACCUCUAAAAUAAAAAAUACAUUAGAAAAUGACAGUACAGUUGGGAAAAGUGCCUCUCCUGAAGAUACAUCUUUCAAGAGGUCAGUGUCUUGUACACACGUCAUGUCUAAAGAAGAAACUGUGGAGACCAAAAAGAUACGAGGGUUCUGUAAAUCAAUGCCAUCUGUAAAAAUAGAACCUGCCAAACAAGAGACCUGCAUGAGAAUACAUAAGUCCUCAGAGGCCUUGGUUUCUAAAGAGCAGGAUUUAAAUGGUGAAACAUUAGAGAACACAAAGAUGACUACUAGGUCAGGUAUGAAACAAGUUAUGGAUCAGCUAUGUUUAUCGAUCCAGACAAUAAGAAGGGCCUCUAGUGAUUCUUGUCUAACAUCCUUGGAGAACAAAAAGAGGAGCAGUCUUCCUGACUUCUCGACACAGAUGUCGUCUAUUUUUAGCUCUUCAUCAAAAUCUCUUUUCUCCUUUCUGACAGUGAUGAAAUUAAAAGAUGGAAUCUCCAACAUUGGUAAUGAAGGGUCAGGCAGCUAUUCAGAGGCCCUGCAUUUGAUGCAGUCCAUAGAAAAACUAACUAGCAUAGAGGAUAAUGAAGAGCUUAAGGCCAGCUUGUCCAGUCUUCACAACUCAACCACCCCUCAUUUAAAGAGUAGCUGGAAUGAUUUUCAGGAGAAAAAUGACACUGAAGAAUGUCCACCACUUUCACCAAAGCAGUCUGAGCAAGAGUUUGCUCUGGACGUUAACUCAGAAAAAGAUGAUCAAGACAAAAAGCAAAAAGAUUUGAAGAAUGAGCUUAACAUGGAUGAGAAUCUUCACAGAGAAAUUACUUCCCUUGAAGGUGGGGAUCUGACAAAGGACCAUUUUGUUAUUGUCUGUAAAACCAAUAUUGACUGCAAGAAUGAGGACAUGGCUAUAAAAGAAGAUUUAGCACAUACCUUAGAAAAAGAGCAAAGCUAUUCAGAGAAAAUGGAAAACCAAGACAGUGGUAUUACAAACACCGAUAAUGCAGAAUUAUACAAGUUGGAAUCAAGUCCUCAGAAAAAUGUUCUAGCUGUAGAAGAUAGGACAGAUAUAACAUGCAUUCAGGGUCAUGUCCAGACAAAUCAGGAAACAAGAACAGAUGAGGAAACAAGCCAACCCAAUCUAUGUGAGGAGAAACGAAACCUGGACAAUCUGAUGAAUCAGUCACCAGAUUACAGGCAAACAGAUUUUGAUGCAAAGAAUCUAGAGCAAGACAAUGCAGCUUGUGAGCAUUCUGAUUUAAAUUAUGAUCAAGCUAAUAAAGAGGGACAGAAUACAGAAAGUUUAGAAAAAUGUGACACAAAUGCAGGGGAAGAAGACGUCUGCCACUCUCCAACAUCAGAGGUUAAGCAUGAUCUAUUUGGCACUACUGCAGAGUUUGACCAUAAUGAAAACUAUGACGUGGAACAAUCAAACAAUGUCAUCUUCAAAAAAGAGGAGAAUGGACAUGAACAAGACAUUGCUAGGUCAGAGGCAUCAAACUGUAGUGUAGAUAAUGCUGUUCCAAACAAUAUUGAUAAUGAUCUAAAGGAAGAUGGAACCACAGCUUCCAUUCAAGACAUGGAAGAAGAUAAAGAUGAAAUAGUCAAUGCUUCAGAAAGAGCUUUUGAUAAAGAACCAAAAUAUCCUGUGCAGUCAGGUCAAGAAAGUGAAUACACCAACCAAAAUGAGUCCUGUAACAGACAUGAAUCAGACCAUGAACUUCAAAUAUUACAGGAAAACAGUGUGUGUAGGAAACAGACUCGUUCUUUUGAGCUGAAUGAUGAAGACGUGGAGGAUAUGGAUGAACAGAGCAAGGAUUUUGAAACCCAGCUACAGCAAGUCUUCACCGGAGACCAUUCAUCUAAAAAUUCAAGUGUUUCAAGCAAAUGUGGCAAUAUAGAAACACCCAAAACCCAGUCAGAGGAUACUAUGGGAAUGGAGGAGGCUGCCACAGAUUAUACUAGUCAAUGUGAGCAUCUUAUGGAGAUCCCCCAGCAAUUGUUAGACUUUGUCAAUUUAGCACUGAAGACCUCUGCUCUUACUUUUAAAUGUGACUCAAAUGGCCAGCCUAGAAUACAGCCAGACCGGUGUAGAAUCACUGAAAUGUCUCUUUCUGAAAGCAGUGUAGAUCAUCACUACACACAAAAAUGUCUUCCAAGCCCAAACACGUCUGAACUUUCUGAUUACAGGCCUGAGGCAACCAACAGUAGUGCAGAUCUGUCACUAGUUUCCACAGAUCUUUUAACAGAGAGUGGCAACGAUGAGGCAGAUAAGCAAGGCAACAUCAAUAAAUCCACAAAGAGCAUCAACAGAGCACUGGAUAAUGGUUCAAUGAAACCUCAUUUGUUAGCUGACAUCAAGAGUCUUGCCUCUUCUCCUGAUUCCAUAUCUAACUAUUCAGUACUGCAACCAGCUCACUACAACUCUGAUUUCAUUAAUGAAAAUCCCAAAACUGUUCAAUGUUUACCUGUUAAUGCAGAGCUGGACUCUGGUGAAGGAAUCCUGAUAGACAAGGGCAGGUGGCUCCUCAAAGAAAAUCACCUUAUUCGCAAAUCUCCUCCUGUACCAACAGGAAUGUAUGAAGAUGCGGACACCACGUCAGCUGACACAGGUCAAGAAAAUACAGAUGAUGAUUACACCUUUAAAUCUAGUAUGAUCCAGCACCCCACUCUAGCUGUCAUAUCCUCCUCAGAGCUUGAAGAUAUGGCAAAACCUAUCACACCCAAGUGUACAUACUUCAACAUGGUUCACAAUAGUGACUAUGACCCUUUUCUGGACAACCAAAGCAUUGACAGUAACAACAGAAAAGGUGUUGUUAGAAAAAGUAAAGAGCUUAAAGUAUCACCAAUGGGUGAGACCUCAAAAAUGUGCGCAAAACAAACUGGAAGUCUCCCAUCAUUUGCAUCUGUUGAGUUCAAACUAGCUGCUGGAAAAGUCUAUCCAGAAGGUGGCCCAGCAUCUAGUGUUGUGGAGAAGUCUGCCAGACACCACAGUGAGAAUGAGUCAGUUGAGGGUCUAAAUCUUACGUGUGGACAGCACUGCCCAAUACUGUGA